AUGCACGCCUCACUUCUCUCCCUCCUGCUGGCCCCCUUGGCCCUCGCCAGCCCCAUCCUCUCCCGCGCUGACAAGCAGACCUGCUUCUCAACAACAUCGGCCGUAAAGUCAUGGGAGCUGAAGUCCUUCGACUUCCAUGCCAACUACAUCUUCUCGACCCCAUCGCAUCAGAACUCGUGGGGCUACGUUUCCUUCGUCCUAGAAAACGCCAUUCUCGGCACCAAGACAAAAUGCGAAGCCUCGAGCAGCAGCCUGAACGACUUUUUCUACGGCGAUGUUGACUACCAGUGUGAGGCGCCAAAGGGAGACGUUCCCAAGGAUGAGCCGAGAUUGUCGCAGACCACGUUCCGCUUCGACCGCCCCGGCGGAGAGGUCCAGGUCGCGCAGAGGUGGUAUUGCUUCGACGACCCGCAGUACCCGUCGACGAUCACGGCGAAGGGCGGAGAGAGUGUGAAGCUCGACUGUGAGGAGACGUAUACCGAGAACAGUAACUGGACCAUUGGGGAGAUCUACUCGCAGAGGGACAUCACGUGUGGCAUUGUUGACCUGACGGUGCCGGUGAAGGAGAUUUCAGCCGUGGCUUGA